GAAUCGGGCUCGAGAUACAGAGCAUUUAGAGUAUCCCCAGAAGACGAAAAUUUUUAAUCUUAUGUUCAUUGAAUUUCUAAAAUAGUAAACUAAAGAAGAAUGUCUGGAGAUGUUCAGCAGAAAAAAAAUGCAGAAGGGAAGGCACAUGUUCAGGCCGCUGAGAAAUACAUGAAAACAUCUUUAUUCAAGUGGAAACCAGACUUGGAUAGUGCUGCUUCAGAGUACACAAAAGCAGCCACGUGUUUCAGAAAUGCAAAAGCUUUUGCAGAGGCAAAGGAUGCCUUCCUUAAAGCUGCUGAUAUAUACAAACAGAUGAAUUCUAUAUUUAAUGCAGCAAAGAUGAUGGAGCAGGCAGGUCUGUUGUGUAAAGAGUUUAAGGACGUUGAAGGCUGUGUGAAUUUACUGGAGCGGGCAGCAGAUCUUUUCCAGCAGAACGGGACAGCAGACACAGCGGCAUUGACUUUAGACAGAGCAGCAAAAACUAUAGAGUUAAACUACCCAGAGAAAGCAGCUGAGUUAUAUGACAAAGCUUGUAGUAUAUCAGAGUUGGAAGACAAAUCAAGACAGUGUGCAGAGUUUGCAGGAAAAGCAGGGAGAUUAUUUGUCAGAGCAGAAAAGUAUGAUUUAGCUAUUGAAGCUUUAAAAAGGGAAAUAGAAUUUCACCAUCAGACCGAAAACUUUCCUAUGAUAAACAGAGUGAUACUGGGAAUAGUGUUGGUGCACCUACAAAAUGGUGACCCAGUGGCUGCAGAAAACUUCUUCACAGCAGCAUCAAACAAGGGAACAGGCGAGGAUGAGUUCAUUCAGGGGGCAGAUGAAUUAAUCCGAGCAUUUAAUGACGGAGAUGAAGAAGAAGCCAGAACAAUACUAUCGAGACCCUUUGUUAAAUUUAUGGACAAUUGUUUUGCAAAGAUAGCCCGAGGACUUGUCAUUCCUGCAGGAGGAAGUGGAAGGGUGGGUGUGGUCAAGAAUGAAGCAGCCAAUGACACAUCAGGUCAAGGGGCACAGCUCGCAGAUGAUGAAUUGGAAGAGGGAGGGUUGUGUUGAUGAAAUUGACCUUUGUCUGUUAAUGAUUCCAUACUUUACACUUUCUCUUUUCAGAGAACAUGCAAACUAGUACCUAUAAAUAAUAUGUUGUUAUACAAAUAGUUGUACCAUUUUAAUGCAAAUGAAAUUGUUUAUUUUUAAGUUAUUUUGUUGAUAAAUUGUAUCUGUUUUUCAGUUGUGUGAUAUUUCUAAAACAUAUUUCUGUGUGAAGGUUCUUCAAUGAUGCGCUAUAGUUGUGUGAUCAGGUCAUUAUAAUGAUUGUUCCUGUUUUUGGAUGCAUGCAGGCAACUAGUAGAACAGGAUAUUUGGUUUGGGAUUUGGAAUGGAAGGGGUAAGAGGAGUGGAAGAUCCAUGGUACAGUUUAAGUUCAUUAAUAACUUAAUAUUCCAAUUUUUACAUUUUUCUAUAUAAGAUUGGUAUUUAACUUUUAAAUGAAGUUGUGAAAUUUUUUUGACAACAGCCUUUUCAUGUUUACUAUAUUUAUUAUUGGAGAUGAAAACAAUAUUUCCUUAUUUAGAAUUACUACUUCAUAGCUCGCCUGAGCUAAGAGUUCAAGUGAGUUUUUCUGAUAACAGAUUUUCAGGCAUCUGUAACCUGUUGUGUAUUCUGUUUAAGCAUUACAGAUUUUCAACAUUUUCUCCAGAAAUGUUGAACUUGUGUCCCAUUUUCGUCUUGAAUGGAACAUUUUUGUUAUCAAUUUGAAUAAUUUUUAGAUUGUUAUGAAAUGAAAAUAUAGAAUUUUUUACAUUUUCAAAUUUAAAAAAUGAUCAGAGGAGAUGUACUUUUUUGAUACAUUAAGUGUAAUUUUCCUCUUGAAAUCCUGGUUUCCAUUGGAAAUCUACUGUACAACAUUCGAUCAACUCGAUACAAAACCUAGGCACAUUGUGGUAGAAUACACAAAAGGAACUGCAUACUGUUUCAGUUAGUGUACUAAAAAUACCGAAAUGUCUAUUGAAUUUAAAACAGAUAUACCUUAGUAAAUUAUUCUAAAUACACAUGCAACUUAACUGCCUCAAUACAAGGGAUUUUUUUGAUAUUUGUUUAGUACAUGUAUUUGAAUCUGUUUGCUGUAAAUCAUGUUAAAGGCAUAUUUGUGAAAAAGACAUGUUUACAUGUAUUUUCUUUAAUUGAUUUAUGUGUACAUCUUCAGAUUUUUCUUUUUGAUUACAAGUAGGAGAUUAUAACUUAUAAUUAAAUGUGCAAUAAAAUUUUAUC